AUGUCAUACAGCGGCAUCACCCCAUACGGCUCUGCUUAUCGGCAGCAGUCUCAACCACAAGAACAACAACCGGAGCAACAACGUCGACUGUCAGAGCCGAAAGCCUACCGUCCAUAUCAACCGUACCGGCCACCUACACAGCAGCUAGGGCCAAGUGGUAGUCAUGAGACUAAUAGCCGACGUUCGUCUAUUGCAAGCCAGUCAUCUCUGGCUUCCUCGCUCGCAAAGUUUGACCUUGGCGAUAGCUCCCUGGUUCCGGCACCCUUGAGAGUUCAACAUAGGCCCGUCUCGAGCCAAAUACCGACCCAGUGCCAGACACCGCAGUCACCACAGGCAGAACAAAACUACAAACCUUAUUCUCCACCUUCUUCGCAACAUCGUAACUCGGUUACAUCCACGGCCGGACGACGGACCUCCAAUAGCUUUGUUGCUGAGCUUGAAGGGUCAUUACCUCCUCCUGUGCGGGAGAGUAAUGCUGUGGAGCCCUCUUCAGAUGUCCCUCCCCCGAAACCGGCCAAGAAAUUGGAAACUCCUGACAGUGAAGGACUGAUCGUCGUAGAAGCCGAAGCCUUACCUUCUGUCCCCGGCUCUUGGCCUGCCUCGCUUGAAGAACAGUCAGACAGUGGAUAUCAACCUCCUUAUGCCCAGCCUCAAUAUCAGAAACCGAUUUCACCACCCUCGCUUCAUGACGAGGCAACACAGAGCACGCCGAGUCCGCCGCCUGUGCAAUAUCCAUCAGCUUCCCAGCAACAAGCGCCUAUCCCUCCACCAGUGCCACAGCCGACCUACACGUCUGCUCCGGCUCAGCCAGGGUACCAGAGCUUUUCACCUCCACAGUCACCACCGCUGCUGCCGUCAGGGGAAAUUUCGACUCCGUUCACUCCCCCAUACCGCCAAUCUGGCAGUCACAGUUCUGCGCCUUCGCCUGGAUUCAGCCAAGCCCCAACAUCUCCGGUUGGGCAAGCACCUCCGCCGCCUCCAUAUCAGCAGCAAACCUACGGCAGCCCUCCCCAUUCACCACCACGUCCCCCUCCCCAGUCAACACGGCCAACAUCUCUGUAUUUCUCCGGCUACCACUGUCCACCGACACCAACCCUCAACACCAGCAACUUACCACUCACUCCUCCAACCCAACAAGGACCCUUCUCACCCGCCUCUCCGCAAUCAUCUACAGCCGGGAACCACAGACACUCAUUCUCGUACUUUCCAGCCGCCUACCCACCCCGGCCUUCACCACCAACCCAACAUCAACCGGCCACGACCCUGCCCUCACCAACAAUUACUUCCCCUUCAUCACCGUUCCCUUCGUCGCCUCCAGCUGUAAACCUCCCAGCCCAACCAACCUAUCCCUCCACCCCAGCGCAUCAACAACAACAACAACCUCAACCAACAAUAACCUACACCACCGCCCCCUCACAACCCACUUACUCCUCCCAACAUUCCUCCCCCACUUCCACCCCAUCUUUCUCUUCGUCUUCAUCCACUUCAGGAGCCACAAAACUAGGCGGAGCCCUGUACCAUUUCCCCUCUCCUCCCCAACCCUCGCUAAACUCCAAGUUAUCUAUCAACGGACUGAAAAGGACGGCGGCGGGACUGGGCGGGGCGAUCAAGAAUGUGGCAAACGUGGUGGAAGUUGCGGGCAGAGAGGCAGUUAAGGCGGGGAGGGCGGCGGCUGCUGCUGCUGGGGAGAGGGAGUCGGGAAAGACGUACACGGGGAGUUUUGGGAGGAGGGUAAGUGGGAUGGGAUGCGUAGGUGGGUUGAGGCAAGGCUCUCGGGGACGGAACUGA